ACUUGGUGCUUUAAAGGCCAAGUUCCCUGUGGGUUGAUGAAGUUGGCACAAGGCUGCGCCGGUGAUGGUCCAUUUCCAGGGGUUAUUGAUCUGUAUGGGUCAACUGGUGGGAUUAUUGAGUAUCGAGCUAGUCUCUUAGCAAACCAUGGAUUUGUUACAUUGGCUUUAGCGUAUUUUGGAUUUGAAGACCUUCCAAAGAAUUUUAUGAAUCUCGAUCUGGAAUAUUUUGAAGAAGCUGUGAACUUCUUGAGAAGACAUCCAAAGGUUAAGGGUCCAGGAGUUGGAGCAAUAGGAAUUUCAAAAGGAGGAGAUCUAGUUCUAUCAAUGACCACAUUUUUGCAACAUGUGAUAGCAGCAGUUAGUAUUGGUGGAUGCAAUGCUAACACAUUGGGGAACCUGCACUACAAAAACGUCACUCUUCCUGGUCUCGGUGUUACUUUAGAAAGAACCAAAUUUUUAGAAUCCAAGCUGAUUGAUAUCUCUGAGGUGACAAAUAACCCAAUGGAGGAAGAAAACAAAGAUUGUGUUAUCCCAAUAGAAGAGGCUAGGGGGCAUUUUUUGUUUGUAGUUGGAGAAGAUGACAAGAAUUGGGCAACUUCAGUCUACGCUGAGCAGGCUGUGAAAAAACUAAAAGAAAAUGGCAAAGAGAAUUAUGAACUUAUUACUUAUCCUGAGGCUGGACAUCUCCUGGAGCCCUCAUAUUUUCCAUUUUGCUAUGCUUCUUUUCAUCGGUUGGUGGGACAGCCUGUGGUAUGGGGAGGGAAAAUGAAGCCACACGCACUGGCACAGAUAGACCUGUGGCCAAAGAUCCAGUCAUUUCUACAAAAACAUCUCGAACAUCAGAGCAAAUUGUGAACCUAUUCAGUCUUCACAAAAUUAGUGAAUAAAUUGCAUUUUUUUGGGUUUAGUUUAAUCCAAUUUAUAGAUUGGAAAAACAGAUUUCCUCUUCUUGUAUAGCUAUAUUUCACUCAGCAUUUAAAUAUGUAACCUAUUGUUUUGCUUUGCAAAAACUGCAAUUUUUUAACUUCCUGAAUUCCAAAACUCGACUGUAAUUUUUACUUGCUAGUUAUAAUAUAGCAAUGACAUUUGACUGAGCAAAAUGUUAUGGAGGAGUAAAACAACUUUUGAAUUAA